AAUUUUUUCAUUUGUAAAGUUUUUUUCUCUCUCUUCUCUUCCUCUCUCUCGUACGCUCUCUCUUUUCUCACCAUCUCACACUUUCAUCUCUCCUCCCUGCCUCAUCUCCUCCUCCACCACCGCAUCCACCAUAACCUCCACCACCACCUUCAAAUCAAUCUCCGAAUCAGAACGUUCUCUCCGCUUCCGGUGAUGCCGCCGUCAUCAGAAUCAUGUUAUUCUUCCUCUCAGUUUUCUUUCAUAUUCAGAUUUGUCUCUGUUUUGCGGCUAGGAAAAUGGUGAAAACUCACGACCACAACCUUUCUAAUGGGAAGAGAUUUACAAACCCAGCAACGACAAAGAUCGAUGAAGAUUUGGAAUUAAGGUAUCCUCAUAAAGGAAUGUUUAAAGAGCUUCUCAAAAAGCAAGGUUCACAAAAUUAUGGUUUGAUUGUAAUUCAAUUUUAUCAGAAAACUUGGGUUUGUUUUGAUUACCAGAAAAUGGAAUAUAGUGUUUCAGAAAUCAAUUAUCAGAGAUUGUUGUUCAUGAAUUUGAAAAAAAAGUUUGAUAUUGGAGAUGUAAUUAUUGAUGGUAAAUCCACUGAUAUUGUGCUGAUGGAUGUGCGGCCAUUGCUGACUCGGGGACUUAUUUGUUGGCGGGUCGAAUGGAACCUUUGGUCCCUGCUUCUUCUUUGACACCAUGUUCUGAUCAGCGAAUUUGGGAACCUAAUGAGGGAAGUAAUGGAUACAUUUUGGUUAGUGCAAAUGGUGGGAUCAACCAACAACGGGUAGCUGUAGUACUAAGUUGAAAGUUGAAACUAAUCUUUAAGAAUAUGUCAUGGCAGCCAUGGUAAAGAUGCUGGCCGCUUCACUGCUGCUUGGGAACUUUACAAAGCUCAGGAGGAUGUUGUAGCUGCUUGCAAUGAUUACGGUAUUAAAGUUACAUUGUUUCAUGGCCGUGGAGGCAGUAUUGGCCGAGGUGGUGGCCCUACAUAUCUGGCUAUUCAGUCUCAACCACCCGGGUCUGUGAUGGGAACACUUCGGUCUACUGAGCAGGGAAAAAUGGUAGAGGCCAAGUUUGGGUUACCACAAAUAGCUGUUCGACAACUUGAAAUAUACACAACCGCAGUACUACUUGCAACUCUUCGUCCACCACUCCCACCUCGAGAUGAAAAUUGGCGUAAUCUCAUGGAAGAAAUCUCAGAGAUCAGUUGCCAGUGUUACCGCAACGUAGUCUACGAAAAUCCAGAAUUCCUUACCUACUUCGCCGAAGCCACGCCUGAAGCAGAACUCGACUUCCUCAACAUAGGUAGCCGUCCUGCAAGGAGGAAGAACACGAGAGGAAUUGGACACCUACGUGCUAUUCCCUGGGUGUUUGCAUGGACUCAAACUAGAUUUGUUCUUCCAGCUUGGCUCGGAGUCGGAGCAGGUUUGAAAGGUGCCAGUGAGAAAGGUCACAGUGAAGAACUAAAAGCAAUGUACAAAGAAUGGCCUUUCUUUCAAAGCACAAUAGACCUUAUUGAGAUGGUUUUAGGGAAAGCAGACUGAAACGCACCGUUUCGGUUUUUUUUUUUCUAAAAUAAAAAAAAUAUAUAAAAAAAUAAUAAUAAAAAAAAAAACAUGGGACAAAAAGACAAACCAAAUAAAACACGGAAACCCCACCCACCCCUUUCUAUUUCUCUCACGUGCCUUUCACUCUCUACUCCCAUCUUCUAGAAUUCUCUCCACUCUCACUUUCAUUUUUUCGUCUCUAUUCCAAUUCACCAUAAUUCUUUUUCUCUUCUCUCCACUCUUGAUGGUUAAUUACUCAUAUAAGCAAAGCUAUCUCCUAGUCUAAAAGUGUUCAUGGGUAAAGAUUUUGGAGUUAGGGUUAUUGCUCUAAGAAAGGAGAAGAAUAUCCAUCUCUUGAAAGUUGGUCAUUUAUAUUCUUUGAGAUUCGAUGAAAAUUGCUCCGGUGGUCAUUCCGGAAGGCAUUGCUAGGAACGGAGUUGAUUCAUCAUAGUUAUUCAAAGUCAACUGAAUAGAAAGCUUCUAUCAGAGUUAAAGAUUUGUCAACGUCACUCUUUUGGUAGGCCUUCUUGAUGAACAACUAUUUUGUAUAUGUAUAUUUGGAGUUGAUCGAGUAUCUGCAGCUAUUUUGAGUCUAGGAAUAUCUUGUUUUUAAAUGUAUAAAUUUAAACAUGUAUAUUUUGAAAAUUUUGACUGAAUGAUGUAUAUGCUGCAAACAGGAUUUAUUCUGAUUUGGAAACAUUAAAAAUACAGAUGAGACUUUGUCGAAAUUUCAGUAAAAUUGUUCUAAAGUAAAUAGUCAUUUGGAAA